CAAAACUCCAAUUACUUCUCAGCCAAAGCCUUAUCUGCCUUUCAAACUUUAUCCACAUUCAAUCAAAAUGACUGCCGCGAGUAUUACCAAAGCACUGUUCAUUGAUUCGGAGAACAAUCCCAAAGUCAUCGAACGACAAGGCCUUCCAACACCAAGCAACGGAGAAUUACUUAUCAAAGUCUUAUACUCGGGCGUCAAUCCUGCCGACAUCAAGCAUGCGACCUUCCUAGGAAUGAACAAUACCGUUAUGGGUCAUGACUUUAGCGGUCAAGUCAUUGAGACUACAAAGCCAAACUCUCUCUAUAAGCCUGGAGAUAUUGUGGCCGGAUACACGCCCGCAGGUCUUCAUCAAUCUAUCAAUUAUGGAGCUCAUCAAGCUUACAUCACAUGCCCGGAAGAUAUGCUGUUCAAAGUCCCUGAUAACUUGCCAUUACCCGAUGCAGCGAGUUUGACAGUUGUUGCCAUGACAGCAGCUGACGCUCUAUACAACCACUUCAAAUUUCCUCUCCCUAUGCAGGAGGAAAGAUCUGCCUACAAGACUCCGUUUCUGCUCUGGGGGGCAACAGGUUCCGUUGGAUACUGCGCCCUUCAAUUCGCCAUCGCAAGUGGUGUCUCCCCCAUCUUUGUCACAGCAAAUCCAGCGCAAUUUGAACAUCUCCGAUCUCUUGGAGUCGAACACUUAUUUGACUAUAAAGAUGAGAACGUCCACGAGUCUAUCGCCAAAACUCUGCGGGACUUCCGCUUUGACAAGUUCUUAUACGCAUUUGACGCAGCGGGAGCUCCUAACUCAGGCGAUCAGAUGCUACAAGCUGUAUCGGAAGAUACCAUGGUUGUUUCUACAGUCAUCCGGGAAAGCAAACGCUUCGCGAUGCCCGUUGCCGUGAGCAAAGUUGACUUUGUGAUUCAUCCUACAGAAGCUCCUCAUCCUAUUUCUAUUCCUGCACGGCCUGCGGACCAUGAUAAGGCUUGGAAAGCUUUGAACUGGGCUAUUGAGAACUACGGAACGCGAUUUCGUUUACCCCCGGUCCGUGUAGUGGAAGAUACUGCUGAGGUUGCGUUGGAAGAGAUUAAGCGUUUCGUUAAACACGGCGGAGGAUUUUCCAAGAUUUCUAUAAAACAACCCCUAGCAUAG